AUGACAGCGCAAACAACCUCCAGCCCAACCGGCAACACGACGGGCCUCCUCGACAUCUUCGGCCAGCAACCCUUCCUCGACAAGCUCUACACCCAAAUCACGCUAUGCUACCCCAGCCCCGAUGACGUGUCCGUCCCCCACCUCACAGAAACCCUCGAGGGCGGCCUGCGCACCCUCGCCGCGUCCUUUCCCUGGGUCGCCGGCCAGGUCGUCCACGAGCCCGUCGAGGGCGGCACGGGCAUCUACCGGUUCGCGCCGCUCGACCCGACCCCGCGCCUAGUGGUCAAGGACCUCCGCGGCGACGCUUCCGCCGUGACGAUGGCGCAGCUAAGGGAGGCGCGCUUCCCCAUGAGCAUGCUCGACGAGUCCGUCGUCGCCCCGCGCAACACCCUCACGCUACCGGGUACGCCCGAGGCCGAGCAACCCGCGCCCGUUUUCCUCGUGCAAGUUACCCUCGUCCAGGGCGGCGCGCUCUUGACGUUUGUCGCGCAGCACAACGUCGUGGAUAUGGGUGGCCAGGCCCGCAUCAUGGCCCUGCUCGCCAAGGCCUGCGCCGGCGAGGCUUACACCCCCGAAGAGAUCGAGGGCGGAAACACCGAUAGGGAGAACGUGAUCCCCUACUUGACGACUCGCUUCGUAUCCACCGACGACUGCGUCACCGCCCUCAUCUGGCAAGCCACCACGCGCGCCCGCGUGCCCCGCAUCGGCGCCAACGCCCCCACCACCCUCGCCCGCGCCAUCGACGUCCGCCGCUACCUCGGCCUGCCCGAUACCUACCCCGGCGUCACGCAGAGCAUGACCUACCACACCGUCUCCCAAGCCGAGGACCUCGCUUCCUCUUCGCACAGCCCCGUGGGCGCCGUGGCCUCGGGCCUGCGCACCGCGCUGGGCAGCCGGUCCGCGGACAGCGACAUCGCGUUCCGCACGCGCGCCUUUGCGACCGUGCUCGCGCGCUCCCCGAAUAAGAUGGUCCUCGGCGUCACGGCCAUGAUCAACCCUUCCCACGACAUCAUGCUCAGCUCGUGGGCGAACCGCGCCGACUUCUUCGAGCACGACUUUGGCUUGGGGCUCGGGACGCCCGAGGCCGUGCGGAGGCCGCGCUUUAUGCCGUUUGAGAGCUUGAUGUACUUGAUGCCGAGGAAGAAGGGGGCUGAGAUUGUGGCUGCCCUUUCGUUGAGGGAGGAGGAUAUGGAGAGGUUGAAGACGGAUGCGGAGUUUGCCAAGUACGCGACGUACAUAGGGUGA